CUGCCGAUUGUGGUGCUGCCAGCUGCAUGGCAGCCAUUUUGUAUUUGAAUAUUGCGCUCGCAUGCCGACCCGACCGACCCCGAAUCCCGAGUGCGCUCCGGAUCGAUGCGCGAUUGCGUUGCUCUUCGCGACACGCACUGGGUGCAUCCCGAAUUCGUCAAGAAACGUCCGAAAGAAGACUGUUUACCAAAGUGUGUAUACAACGUGAAAACAGACCUACCUAAUAAACUUAUUAUCGGAUAUGUCGACUUGUUUGUUAGCUGAACAAUAUGACGACCACGGACUUGUUAAGUGUCUAGUGUGUGUGAAUGUGAACAAUAUUCAUAUGGAGUAGUUUUUACCCAAAGAUUUGCAAUAAUGCAAGACACCGAGGAGAUUGGACAGCGUCUUCAGAGACAUCUGCCAUUUCUACGGCAGAUGCUCAACAGUCUCAACAGGGAAUGCCCGCAAUACAUCAAAAUCAACGCCAUUUGCGAUAUCAUCGAUAAACGAAAAAAUAUUAAAUAUGUCACACUGGAGAAGUGUGAGAAGGUCAUCGAGCUGCUCCAGAAGAAAACGAAACGAACCUCGCCCCCACCAAUUGUCAUUCCUGAUGAUAAAUCAGCGGAUAAAAAAGGUAUUAAGUGUUUUGACACGCAAGCGCAGAUAUUUCAAAGCGUCAAGUCACACUUUGAGACUAUAAAUUCUCCGGAGUCACCCGUGUCGCCGUGUGAUGAAAUCGAAUCCCCGGAUGAAGGAGGAGAUGAUGUUACUACUGAACGGUAUGAGAAUGACCGACCCAGUAUAUAUUCGGUGGUGGCGGAUACUAUUAACCCUUCGCCACCGCCAAUACCACCUCCACUGCUUAACAUCCCACCUCCGCCGAUGGUUCCUGCCAUUGAUACUUCAAAACCACCCAUUUCGGCCGAGGAUCUGAAAGAGUUGCUGCUGGAUGUGGAUUUUACUGAAGAGGAGACUGAGUUGAAGAAUAAGGUGGUUGAUGCCAGUAAGGAUUUGAUCAAACAAACGCCUAAGUCUAAGGUAAGUCUAGUUCCUACGCCGUUUCAUAAAAAAAUUCGCAAAGCGGACACGAAUGGUGAUAAAAUAAGCGCGAGUAAACCGGAAGUGAAUAAGACUAAUAAGGAUAAUAAAGAUAAAGCGGAUAAAAAUAGUGUUAAGAGUAAAAGUGACAUUAAAUCGGGCAAAAGUGACAAAAACCCUAGUAAAGACUCUAAAAAUAAGGACAAUGUAAAAAAAGAUAAGUCAAAGUCGUCGCGCUCAAAGUUAGUGGAAAAAGUGGUGGAAUCCAGUUCAAUUUUUGGUAGUUUAUUGUCGAGUAUAGAUGAACAAAUGAUUGCGGAUAAGGACAAAGAAAAGACCAAAGUGCGGCGCGAUAGUAAAGAUGGCGACCAUGCCAAAUGUGAUAGUGCAAGCAGUAGUCUGAAGCAUUCCAAAGAUAAGGAUAGUAAAGAUGGCAAGGACAAUAAAAAUAAGCAUAGUAGUAAGUCACUUAUUGACAGAUUGGCCAGCAAGAUCAAAAACGCUGAAAAAGAUAUGGCGUCGGCGCUAAAAAAGGAAGGUUUAAGUGAAGCGGAGCAGGAAGCUAUAAAGAAGAAGUACAACGAGAGGAUCGCCAGGUACAAAAAGGAGAAGAGUGCAGCAAAACGACAUUCAUCUUCGAGUAGUUCGAAAUCUGACAAGUCGAAGGAACGGCGAAAAUCUGAUGAUAAGGAGAGGGAUAAGAGUAAAAAGUGUGAAAAGGAUAAACCUAAGGAGAAAAGUUCAAAGACUGAGAAAUCUGGUACUGGUACUGAAUCACUUCCGGAAGGAGACAAAACAGUGAAGAAAGAUUCUGAUGUUCCUUCACUUCCAGAAGAACUCAAAACAGUAAAAAAGGAUUCUGAAGUUCCUGUAAUUCCAGAAGAACCUAAAACAGUGAAAAAGAAUUCUGAGGUUCUUUCACCUCCAGUGGAAAAGGUUACUGAUCUUCCUGCACUUCCGGAAGGAAAGACUGAGAAAUCUGGUACUACUUCACUUUCCGAAGGAGACAAAACAGUGAAGAAAGAUUCUGAUGUUCUUUCACCCCAAGGAGAUCCCAGAACAGUGAAAAAGGAUUCUGUUAUUGCCUCUCUUCCCGAAGGAUUCAAAAUAAAAAAGAAGGUUCCUCCUACUAUUACGACUACUGCUGCAACCGUUGUACCAACACCACCUGCAAUAUCAUCCUUUAUAAGGAAAAAGGUGGAUAAGGUUGAGGAUAAAACAUCAACUGCAACAGUUACAACUCCUAGUAAUAAUACUAAACCUUUGGAACCACCUCCGUUACCAUUAGGGUUUCAAGAUUUCAACCCGUUUGCUAAUGAAACUGCCGAGAUAAAUAGGUUGAAUGCUUCGAGGAAGAAAGACGCGAAUAUUUUACGUAGUCCCCUGCAUGAGGUAGGCAAUGAACAUGGUCCUCUUCCUCAAACUAGAGAUGUUAGAGAAUCUAGGGAUUCAAGGUCUUGGCCUCAACCUCCAAUGGCUUCUGGUAGUAUGAUGAGAGGUGAUCCCUAUGGUGAAUCUUCGAAUCGCUUUGCUCACCCGGGACACCAACCACCAGGUCCGAAUUAUUAUCAUCCAUCGCGAGAUCGUCAAGUGGCAUAUGAUUCUUACGAGCCCAGACAUUCUGGCCACAUGCAAUGGAUUCCACCUGAACCUAGGAGAUCACGAUGGACACCUCCACCUCCAAAUCCACACUGGGUACCUUCGCAUAGAGGACCAGGACCAGGACCAGGACCUCGGCAUUGUUCACAACCACCCAAUGCUGGGUUUCAUCCAUUUGAUCCGAUUGGUAAUGAAUAUGACUUAAGUAUGAUGUCUCCGGUGGAUUUUUAUUCUCCUGCUAGGAAGCAGUCUUCGGUACCACAGAAUUAUAGGCAAUGGAGGCAGUUGAAGGAGAGGGAUGAGCAGAUGAAGAAGAAGAUUGAAGAAGCAAAUCAUUCAACCAUUCAAGACAAAGAUAAUAGCAAUAACGGGAAGAAAAAUGAAGAGGUUGUUAAUUCAAAGGUUGAAGAAAAACCAGCAGAAGUUGAAGCGAAAAAGAACCUGAGGUUAAAAAGGAUAAGGAGGAGCAAGAAUCAUCUACUGGGGUUAAAGAUGAUAAACCCGAAGAUCCAAUAUCCACCGAUAAUAGUUGUAGAUAAACCUGCAGAUCCUAUAUCCACCGAUGAUAAUAAAGUUACUGAUGCAACUAAGGAUGAAAAAGAGAAAGUUCCCGAAGAAGUUGUCCAACCUGUGAAGCCCGUUGAAGAGGAUCCAGUUAAAAAUGAAUCUACCGAAGGACCCAGUGUAACUGUAGUAGAUGAACCCGAUUUGAAUCUGAAUGAUGUAGAUCGUAGUAGUUUGCUUAGGAUUCUAAGUCAAGCCAAAAAGACGAAAGCUGCUGAUGGUGGUACCUAUCUUCCAGUGAGGAUUCUGGACUUGAUGGAGCGGUUUCUUCAAAAACAUGAAGAUAGUACCGGAAAAGAAGUUGCAGAAUCUACUCCUUCCAAUACUGCUACUUCUACAGAGGAAGGUGUUGAAAUUAAGAAAGAUGUUACAGAAACUAAAUCUGAAAAUACAACUGAUGAUGUACCAGAUGAUGUAAAAGAAAAAUCAAAUUCAGAAAUUCUGGAAGCGACCAAAACUAUAGUGGUAUCUGAAGAAAUGGAUUCUACAACGAUACCGGAUGAAACUUCAGAAAAUAAACCUGAUUUGAAGAAGGAUACGGAUGAUUUAGACACAGAAAAUAAAGAAGAUGAAGUUACCGAUACAGAUAUAGAAAAUUUGAAAAGGUUACUUAUUGACAGGAACCAAGAAGUUACUGAGGAGGAAAGUACCAUUGUUCGUAGACUCAGAAGACGUACCAAAUCUAUAAACUACAACGAUUCCGAGGAUUCUCCAAAAAGGAAACGAAGAACUGCUGCUGAAAUGAAGGAAGCAAACGAAGCCAAAAAUGCGGAAAUUAAAACUGAAAAUAAAACUGAUGUUAAGAAAGUCAAAGAAAAAGAACAAAAACAAAAACCUGUUAUUAAUAAGAAGAAGAAAGGAUCUAAGGAGGUACCAGCAGUGAAAGAUGAAGCAGAAACUUCCAAACCAUCAGUGGAUGACUCCGAAGAUAAAUUGGACAACAAUGCAGAAGAUGCAGAUGUGGAUGUUGACAAGAUAGACGUAGAAUUAAGCAAUUUAGACAUCACAAUCAAUAACAUUGUUGAUGGUGUGGUCAAUGUCGAACACAAAUUAUUGGAGGUGAUGGAGAAACUAUACAUGGCAGAGCAUCAAAGUAUGGAUUCCGACUCAGAAGACGAUAAUGAGUUUCUCAUCAAAGUGGCAAAACGUAAAAGUGUCCCCGCUGGAAUAUUUGAAUUCCAGGAUGAAUCAUCUACAGAAGAUUCAGAAAAACUCGACAAAGAGAAGAAGCGACCAAGAAAGUCCGAAUUGGAUAUUCUCCAUCAGGAUAUCAAGGAAAAUCUAGGCGAUGGUAUCAUGUCAUCUCGACGAGGGAACUCAUUAAGGCGCACAUCAAGUCCAGAAUCUGUACAGUCCAAUACCAGCUUCAGCAGUAAUUUGGAUUUGAAGGAUGUGAAGAUUCCGCCUGCUGUUGAUGAGUUGUUCAAAAAAGGGAAGACUUUGCGGGUUGUUUUGAAGAAGUUACCAGAUACACACGAUAUUUGUGUCUCACCUUCUACUUAUAUGCCACCUCUAACACCACCUCCGUCAAGACCAAGAUUAUCCAGGGGAUGCAAAACUCCUUUACCAAUAUUCGAUGACGAUAGUUUUGAAAAAGACUUAGAAUCACCAACUGCUGAACCUGUGAGUGUUAAUAAUACUCUAAAACGAUUGAGGCCGGCAUCAACAGAACCAGUUUCGGAAUCUAAGAAACUUAAACCAAAUUCGGUUCCUGAGAAAGCAGUACCUGCUGAACCAGUCCUAGAAAUCAAGAAGGUUAAACAAGAUUUCAUUCCUGAUAAAAACUAUUAUCUUAAGCUGGAAAAACAGGAGACAAAUGCCUGCCAUCUAUGUGACUUUAUCGGAACUCCUAUAAUAGCACAUUAUCUUCACGAACAUCCAGAUUCCGAGGUGUUGAUUUCGAGAUUGUCACCAGAUGCUACCCAGGAUGCGUUUCAGGAUUCUGUGCUUAAUGAUUACACCAACACGGAUCUCUCCGCUAUUACAGGCAAAAAGAACGCCAAGUACGAUUUCCGAUGUAGAUUCUGUUCUAAUGAUCUACAGAAGGAGCUAACGUCAACUUUUUACGAUCAUGUUAGUAGUCAUACUGGUGAACCGCGUUAUCAUUGCCCAUUCUGUGAUUUCAAACAUCAUGUUCGGGCGAUUGUUAAGACCCACAUUAGUUUUGAACAUGCGAAGAAUCAAGAACCACGUAUUGAUGAAGUACCCAAGAAUAUCGACAAACUUUUUGGUUUUUUUUGCUCGGAGUGUAAUUUUCUACAACUCAGGAAGAAAGCUGUUUCCGAACAUAUUGAAAUGUAUCAUGCUGAAGACAAAGCGUAUGUGUACACGAUUAAUAUGUCACUACCGAUUCUGCAACGUACAUUGCGCAUGCGCAAAGAUGUUGUACAAGAUGAAGGCUUCCAAGCUGAGAGGAAAUUAAGAAGUAGUCAACGUUUGAAGAAAACAGAAGUUGUAGAAAAAUCUCCUGAAGUCCCCGAAAAGAAAGUCGAAGUAUCUCCGAAAAUUACCGAAGUUGAAUUACAACCUGAAAAGUCUAAGUCUAUUAUCCCGAAAGUACCAAAGAAAACUGAGGAUGUAGUCAUGAGUGAUGUGUCAUCAAAAUCUGAAGCACCUCCAAGUUCUGCAUUUGUCUGUGCCGAUUGGGAUGAACUUCUGACACGUAGUGACGAAUCUGAGAAAACUAAGAAUAAAGUCACCACGACUCCAAAACGAAGCAGUAAUAUCGUAGAUAAACUUAAAAAUCGUCUGGAGAAACAGGAGAAAUCCCCAUCAGCGUAUCAAUCACCUCCAAUUGAUGUAGAAUAUAGAUGUACAUCAGAGAUAAUGGAUGACACAGAAAACGAUGCUGAAACCCCCGGGGAUUUAAUUGAAACCCUCAAAAAGGAGAAGGAAUCACAAAAGGACUUCCCAAUUACCGAGGAGACGUUUAAAGAUCCUCGUUUAUCAGAGGGAGCAUCUAAAUCCCUGAAAGAAAUACCAAGAUUAUUAGUAAGUGUUGGUGUGAUAGAUGCUCUAGUUGAUGAUGAUGAUCUCAUCACAUAUGUCUGUCGGAAAGCUUCGUGUAUCUUCCGGACAACUGACAGUCGUGUCCAUGAAGUCCACUGUAACUAUACCCAUGGUAAUUGUAUGGAGCGUAUAGAUUGCUCAAUGUGUUCUAUGUCUGAUAUCAACCUGUCUUUGUGUGAGUUGUUUGCGCAUCUGUGCGACCACGUGGAGGGAUAUCUAGAAUCUCGGGUGAUUGCAAAACGAGCUAAUAUCAAAGUGGAGAUUAAUCAUGAUCAUGAUGAUCUUGAACAAAACGUCGACGUGAUUGAGGUUGAAGAUGCUGAUGAUUCUCAACCAUUUGAACCGGUGAUUGAAGAGGAACAAGAAGAGUCUAAUCCAUUGGAGAAGUUCUUUGCGAUUACAAGAGUUGAAAGUCUGGCUACUAAACUAUCUGAACCCCCACCACUUGCACCACUUUCUAAGACUUUGAAGGUUAGCGAAGUGGAUUCUACACCUAAACCAACCACACCUACAAAAUCUCCUAGAGUAUCACCUGAUUGCGAAAAAGAAGAAGAUGAUACAGAUAAUAAUAAAAACUUAGAAGAAGAAAAAGAAAAGGAUAAAGUUGUUGAUAUAGAGAAGUCUCAGGAUAAGGAUGAAUCUACACAGCAAAUGGUCACGUGUAAAAUUGUUCCAAUGAAUGAAGCUGAAUUGAAGUUGGAUAGAAAGUCACCUGCGGUCAUCGAAAAGUGGUUGAACCAUAAAAUGGAAUACCUGUUUAAAUGUCCUGCCUAUGACUGCGACGCGGCAUUCCAAAGAGAGGGUUUCUUUGAACAACACCUGGAUGCGCAUGAUUUCAAAGACACGUUGAUACCUUGCUUGUAUUGCAACUUCAAAAUGCGCAAGGAGAAUAUUACAGUGCAUGUUAUGAUGCGGCACGCACAUUGCCAUUUUGGUUGUGGAUAUUGUUUGUAUCGCGCACGGCAAGAGGGUUACGUCACGGUUCAUAAUGAGUUAUGUCAUCCUGAGCAGAUACUCCAAGUGAAAAAGUUUGAUAUGACUGGGUUGUUGAAUCGUUAUCGUCCACCUAUACUGCCACCUAUCGAGAAAAUCAUCCAGCCAUAUUUAUGUGGUUGUGGACUUAAGUAUUAUGUGACUAAGAACUAUGAGGCUCAUCGUCAGAAGUGUAAAAAGCUGGAGAAUUCGGAUAAAGUCGAAGAUCGUUUCCUUUAUAACUGUCGGUAUUGUGUUAUGGGUGCGACAACAUUCCUGGAUGUAUACCGACACAUUGCGAUUGAACAUCCUUUCCAUGAUGAUGCGAUUCUUUACCGUCAGCUGCCCAGUGCUCUUGUUUUGAAUGUGGAGUACCCAGCCAUCACCAACUGCCUUAUGAUCUUGAACAAGGCCAAAAAAGUGGUUUUUCCCAAGGCCCUUACUUCCACAACGGAGGCGACAUCUACAGUUCCACAACCCAAAUCGCAACUGGUGCCUAUAAAGUUACUAAGUCACGGCAAUGCAGGAACUGCUGUUUCUUCUACAGUUAAACCUAUUACCCAGAUUGUAGCUUCUAAACCUGCAGCUGUUGGUUUACUUGAGAAACCUGUACCAAGGAUUAUGCUGGUGCAUCCCUCCGUUUUGGAUAAUAUGAAGCAGACUAGUAAAGGUCUGACACCGACUGCUUCCUUGACUACUACAACACCUUCUCUGAUAAAUACAACACCUUUCCUGACUACAACCACAACUCCCUUGGCAACAACCCUGCCUUCUUUGAUAACUACAAUAGGUCCCCUCACUGUUACCACAGCUGCUUUGACUACUUCCUGGCAACUACUAAUACUAAACCUACCUUGUAAUGCAACACCUAAGGUAUCAAUAUCAACAACAUUCACGUCAUCCACAUCGGAAUAUCAAUUUACUGACGACAUAAUCGUUAACCCAACUGAUUUGUACAAAUGCAGUAAAUGUCUAGAAGUAAUGCCGACACAGCUUAAGUUUGUGUUGCAUGUAAGCGCCACAGAUUCUCCGUGCGGAAGAAGACCAUUUGUCUGCAUGCACUGUGACAAGGAGUACAAACUAUCGGGCUCCUUUAUACAACACGUCCGUGAACAUGGGUAUAAGAGUAAGAACCUCCUUUGUGCUCUGUGCACCCAUACUGAAUUUAAAUUCAUCGCGCUUAAACAUAUGCGAGAAGUGCACAAACUGAACAACAUUGUGCUCAUCCCGCAGAAUCCGGAAAAGACCGACCCUAAUCUGGAUUACUUUAUUGGUAAGCCCAUUCGAACUUCACCAAAGGAGGUAACGUUAGAUACACUGAAGAAAAUUGCUUCCGUGGUGGAGGACGAUGAUAAUACCUUGUUUGGUCCUGAUGAUUUGGAUUCAUUGCCUACGCAACCCAUUUUUAAAUUUAUGGCGACUUGUAAGCUAUGUGAAUUUGGCACUAAAGUAAGGAGUAAUUUUCUACGUCACAUGCAACUGCAUUGUAGUGGUAAACUGGAUUCAAACCACCGAGUGGGUGAAGCUGUUAAUCCAGUUCCAUGUCUGGAGAAAAACGAGUUGAUGUUUGAUAAAAUGACGAAUUUAGCUGCGAGUAGUUUUGAAGGUCGAAUGAAUGCGAAAAGUGCUUCUGCGUCAACUUCUACAACAGACAACAAAAGUAAAUCUACAGAAUUAGAAUUGGAGAUGAAGGUACCACAGUUUAUCCCGGAUCAUCAGCGGUAUGUCUGUGGUGCGACCGGAUGUAAUUAUUUAUGCCUCGAGGAACAGAAUUUACGCCAUCAUCUACAAGCUCUCCACGAUAUUGAACAGACAUAUACAUGUAUACACUGCAAACAAGAGCUCAAUUCCACCCGAGAUGGUAAACCCACAUUUAUUGAUAUAGAUGCAAUCGUGAGUCACUUAAGAUUACAUGAACCCACUCUGUAUAAAUGUCAGCAUUGUGAGUAUUUGAACUGUAAAACAUCUCAGAUUGUUUCACACUGCAUUGAGAAACAUGUUGACAUGCCUGUAAAGUAUCUUACCAUCAGACAUGGCGCUGAUGUCGAGACACCUUCCAAGGACGAGAAAACACCAAAGAAACACCCGUGGAAGUGUGGUAUUUGUGCGUCUAGGAAACCAACCGAAGGGGAGAUAAAAUCUCACGUGUUCUUUAAACAUGCACUUGCGGCACAGUUUAAGUGCACUUAUUGUGCAUUCAAAGCUGAUAACAAAGCUGUGUUUGCUCCACAUUAUGCUGAACAUCAUCCGAUGUUCAAGACCUCUCCGGAUAUCAUUGUCGCGUAUUAUUUCGAUGACAAGGAAGAAACUGAAGAGAAGCAGCCGGAUGUGGCUAGUUUUGAUACGACGCCAUUGUGGGUUAAGAAUAGGGAUUCUGUGAAGCAUAUCCGCGGGAUAUUAUUGGACCAAGGGGCCUGGCAUGCGAAGAGAACAAUGAAGGCUCAAUUAAAGGCGGCUGUGAAAAGUGUAACGCCUGUGAAGCGGAGAAUGUCUACGAAGGGUUCAGAACAACCUGCUAAAAUACAAAAAACAUCAGUUCCAAAAGAAGAGAUUUGUGUUGUUCUGAAUGGUAAAACAGAACCGCCGAUACAAAAUGCGGAAUCAUUGGAUCCAUCUGAGAUUACCGCCAUAAUUGAAAUUGCUGAUGAUGAUGAUGAUGAUGAUGACAAAACACCUGAACCAAAUGAACAAAAAGAUUCAGCUGAUCCCCCUAUGAAAGACUUGCGAAAAAUCCCAAUUGAUAAGCUCAUUGCCACCGACUACAUCUCCACGUAUGGGCCGCUUGGUAAACCCGAUAAAUCCAAAUUUGCGUGUCCGUUGUGCACCGCAUUGUAUCCCUACAACAAACAUGCAUUCAAACACCAUCUCUAUGAAGAAUUGCAGUACAAUCGGUUUCAAUGCAUGCUCUGCAACCAGCAAACUACAACUUAUGGCAAAAUGAUCGAGCAUUAUGCGGCGAAGCAUCUGAAACUCUGUGAAAUUGAUUCCAUCGCGAAAUUGAGUAAGAAUAACACUAUUGAAACGUGGGUAGCGAAGGUCGUUUUGGUUCAAAGUCGGAUUAUUCUACAUAAUCGAGCGAUGAGAGUGAAUCAGAAAAAAAUUCCGCCGUCGAAUAAAACGCCCCAACCGAAAAGCAUCGAAACGAAUAAAAUGUAUGCAUGCAUGCAUUGCAAGCAUGAAACCUACACGACGACGGAAGCCGUAGCGCAUUGCAGGGCCGCACAUUCUGGUCUUGCAGUACGAGUUUAUCAGCGAAAGUGAAAAAGUACUCCAGUGUAAAUAGUGUAUAGAUAUUUUUAUGAUUAGAUUCCUACGUUCAAUUUCGACGCAAAAUGUUUCUUUUUUCGUUUAUUUUUGUACUGUUAUUAUAAUGCACAUUAUUUCUGACGGGACGUUGUUGUUGAGUUUCCUUUACGUUCAAAAUUGGUUAUGUGUCCAGUGUUGAAACUAGAUAUAACCUUAAACUGUAUAAGUUAAUAAAUAUUGACUGUUACGCCAUGUUGAAGAAGAAGUGAUGAAAAUUAAACAUGUUUUUUUAGAUCA